AUGGACUCGCCAUCUCACAAUGGCGACAACGGUUCAAUCGUUGCGGCUACUCCAGACGAGGUAUUCCAUCUGCGGGGCUACCAGGCUGAAAUGGUUGCGGAGAGCAUGAAAGCCAACAUCAUUGUUGUCAUGGAUACAGGUUCUGGAAAAACGCAUAUAGCCAUCGAACGUGCGCGGGCGGAACUGGAGACGUGCAAGCCCGACAAGCUCGUCUGGUUUCUUGCACCCACAGUCGCACUUUGCGAACAGCAGUAUGAAGUUUUCCAAGCCAACCUUCCUGGCUAUAGCCAUCUGCUUCUCUGCGGAAGAGACGUUGAGCUCUGGACGACACAGAGCGCCUGGAAUGAGGUUUUUCAACACAAUGUCAGAAUUGUCAUAUCAACACAUCAAAUUCUACUUGACGCACUCACACAUGGGUUCAUGAGCCUCCAAAAGCUAGCUUUACUCAUAUUUGACGAAGCUCACCACUGUACACUGAAACAUCCGGCUCACAAGAUUAUGUCUGAUUUCUAUAUGCCUCAGCGAAGCGACAGCAAUUUCGCUUUACCUAAAGUUCUCGGCCUGAGUGCCAGCCCCGUCAUGAGAGCAGCGGCCAACAAGCAAGGCCUAGAGGUAAUUGAACGAAACCUACAAGCGACUGUGAGAACACCAAAACUAUAUAGAUCCGAGUUGCUUCGCUCUGUUCACCGACCAGAGCUAAUCCAAGUCAACUACAACCGAGAGCGUUCCACUGGAAGUCUCUCGAUGUUGCUGUUGGCACUCAAGAAUGCAUAUAUGAACUAUGACCUCAUGCAGGACCCAUAUCUAAUCGCACUCUUGGAACAGCAGAGAAAUGGAUACAAUGUCUCUCGACAGCUUCAGAAGCUCUGGGAUAGCCAAAGGACUUACUGCUAUGACCAGUUGAAGCAGCUGGUCUCAAAAGCUGAGGCAAUGGCACAAGAGCUUGGAAACUCUGCUAUGGAACAUUACGUAUAUCAGUGCGUUAAUGAUUUCAAAAAUCUGGCCCAUGUUCAGUCUUGCGACUUGUCCACCGAUGAGAGGCGACAUCUUUUGAACAUAUUUGAACGUCUCCCAACCCAACACACCACAGGCAUAUCCAGUUCGAUAUUAGAAAGUUUAUCACACAAAGUGAACGUUCUCAUUGACAUUAUAGUCGCUGAAGCCGUCACCAAUUCGAACUUCACUGGUCUUGUGUUUGUGGAGCAGAGAGUGUGGGUGGCAUCUCUUGCCGAGAUCCUGGCUUCUCACCCACGCACGAAAGCUCUACUCCACGUAGGUACAUUUGUCGGCACGUCGCAGUCAUCCCAGCACAAAUCAAGCGUAUUCGAUUACGCGAACCCAAAAAACCAGCAAACAGUACUAGAUGAUUUUAAGGCUGGUAUCAUCAAUCUUGUUCUAGCUACCAGUGUCUUGGAGGAAGGCAUUGAUAUACCCAGCUGUCACCUUGUGGUGUGCUUUGAGGCCCCUAAAACUCUCAAAGGCUUCGUUCAACGACGUGGGAGAGCGAGACAACAGAGGUCGCGUUAUUACAUCCUCGUUCCGGACAUGGGAUAUGCUUACACCCCGGCAUCUUGGCAAUCUCUUGAAGCUCAAAUGAGGAAGGCAUAUGAAGACGACAAGCGCCAAACAGCACUAUCCUCCGAAAAAGAAUCUAUCGAAGAGUAUGACUUACGAUGCCUAAGGAUUGAAACCACUGGUGCCUUAUUGACACUCGAUAAUGCUAUGCAGCAUCUCUACCACUUUUGUGCUCGCCUGUCCUCCGGUACCUACGUGGAUGCCCGGCCACAUUUCGAUUUCACUAACAUUGAUGGUCGAGUUUCUGCCAAAGCUUCGCUCCCUAUUUCUGUCGAUCCUACAGUAAGAACUGCCAAUAGCUCUAGAACAUGGAAAACAGAGCGGAUGGCGCAAAAAGACGCUGCUUUCGAAGCAUACAAAACCUUGUAUACCGCUGGUUUGGUAAACGAACACCUCCUCCCUGUGAUAGAAGAAGAUGGUACACACAUGGCACAAUAUCAGACUCGUGACAGCCAGCCUUCUCUGAUACCUGUCUCGCAUACCAUCGACCCCUGGCAAGUCAUCGCUCAGUAUCAACAAAUUGCUCUCUCUGAGUGGCAUAGUACUUUGCUUGAAGUUACGGCGAAUGAGGAGUCCUUGCGAAUGAUCCUUUUGACGCCAUCCCUUGUGCCUGUAAUGCAAGGUGUAUUACUACAUUGGAACGAAACAAAACGCUACAACGUGAAGAGCUCUCCGUUGAACAGCGUAACCCUGGAUGACUCUGAGCUUCAGCUACUGCGCUCUAUUACUUGGAAAAUGCUUCAUUCUAUCUUUGGUGUUCAUAUGAAGGAAGAUACUUGCGAUUUUGUCUAUCUACUUACCCCUUGCACUAAAUUAGGCGGUGUUAUGUCAACAGCUGAACUCCGUGAAUGGGAAGAGAUGAUUGGGAGCCAGCAGUCGGCUAUGGACCUUGUACUCCACGGCAACGUUGACUUGAAAAGAUGGGGUCUGGUAAAGCAACAAGGAGAUAUGCGACCAUUUAUCGCUAGAACAAUCAGCUUGCCGACGGCAUCUCUGGAUUUCCAAAACGUUCAAGAAAUAUCCAUUGAAGCCGUGCGUUUUCCCAAGCGCAGGGACUUUUUGCAUCCUGUCUUUGGGAGCGGAAACAAGAACGAAGCCUACACCAGAACUGAGAGUCUUGCAAUCACAUCGUGCAUUGUCGACAACCUUCCAGCCUCGUACGCUAUACUGGCAUCCUUGUUUCCAUCAAUCACUCAUAAACUUGAAACAUACAUGGUAGCCAACACACUCAGAACAACCGUUCUUCAAAGUGUCGACAUCGGCAUCUCUCAUUUACCUGUAAUCCUUUUGGCACUUACCCCAUCUGCAGUGGACGGGGAAGAGAACUAUCAGAGGUUAGAGUUUCUCGGAGAUUGCAUUCUCAAGUUUAUUACUUCUCUCCAUCUCAUGGCUACUCAUCCUCGUAUGCCGGAGGGUAUUUUGACAGGGAAGAAGGGUAAACUUGUCAGUAAUGGUUAUUUGGCGCGGGCAGCGUUAGCCAGAGGCCUUGAUGGAUUUAUUCUCUACAAGCGCUUUACAGGAGCGAAGUGGAAGCCAAGAUACGUCAGUCAGGUGCUCGCCAUCACAAACCCACCAGCCAAGCAAGAGAAGUCCUCAAAAUUGAUCGCUGACGUCAUAGAGUCACUCAUUGGUGCUUCAUACGUUAUUGGCGGAUUUUCAAAAGCAUUUGCAUGUGUGAAAGCACUACUACCAUCGGAGGAUUGGAUGUCCAUCCCCGAGGCCAAUGAUACACUCUACAAUGCCGCUCCUAAACAUGACUCCAUAGUGGGUGUCGUUCUAGUGGAAAAACUCGUAGGCCAUGCUUUUAACAACAAGGCAUUGCUUCUCGAAGCGCUCACGCACCCUACGUUCCGCGGCCUCAACACAUAUUGCUCGUACGAGCGAGAAGAGUUUCUUGGCGACGCAGUGCUCGACUACAUCGUUUCAAAACGACUCUAUAGUCAUAAACCAGAGCUCCCGCAUUAUAAAAUGCACGGAAUCCGAACUGCGAUGGUCAACGCCUCAUUCCUCGCUUACAGUAUGUUCGAGACGACUGUGGAAGAGGUGUUCACGAACAAGGAGACAUUACAACCUGAAGCUCAUCAAAGAGCUCUAUGGCAGUUCCUUCGGUCUACAAGCCAUGAACUUGUCAUGUCACGAAACCUGGCCAUAAAACGACAUUCUGAGGCCCGGAUUCAAAUUGCCGAGGCUAUCCAGCACGAUACCCGUUUUCCAUGGCACGCUCUCUCACUUACGGAUCCGCCGAAGUUUCUCUCCGACAUUGUCGAGAGUAUGAUUGGUGCGCUCUACAUAGAUAGCCAUGGGUGUUUGCCUGUUUGCGAAGAGUUUGUUCAACGCCUUGGCAUUCUGCAGUGCCUUGAACGCAUCUUGCACGAUGGAGUAGAUUGCCUACAUCCAAAGGAACGCCUGGGUAUUCUUGCGGUAGACAAAGAAGUGAAGUAUGUUCGUGUUGUGAGUAAUGGCGAGGGCGAAGGAGAUGAAAAAAGUGGGGUUCAUGAAGUGGGUUACCAGGUACAAGUCAGAGUCGGUGGUAAGGAUGUUGGACGUGUGGUAAAAGGGGUGAAGCGGCUGCAGGCUGAGACUAUCGCCGCAUGGAAGGCUAUUGCAAUACUUGAAGGAGCUGGUGACGGGGAUGAUAUCCUAGACGAGGAAGGACAAAAGGAAGAGGAAGAGUUUUUCGAUGCCGAAGAAGGUGGUGGUGUCAUGCUGGACUUGAAGUAA